CAAAGGGGUGACUCUGUCCAGAGAUGCCCUGGGUGGUCUUUGGCUUCCUGCUGCUUCUGCUUCGAGGGUCACGGGCUCUCCAGAGGGCAGAGUUGUCCGAAUGUUUUAUGGUGAAUGGGGCUGAUUAUCGAGGAACGCAGAACCGGACCUCACUAGAGAGCACUGGGCGGCCCUGCCUCUAUUGGAACCAGACACGGGAGCAUGUUUACAACACGGCCAAGUACCCCAAUGGCGAAUGGGGAUUGGGUAGCCAUAACUACUGCCGGAACCCAGAUGGUGAUGUGCAGCCAUGGUGUUAUAUCUCUGAGAACGAGGAAGGGAUCUACUGGAAAUAUUGCGACAUCCCUACCUGCCACAUGCCUGGUUAUGUCGGCUGCUUCCUGGAUUCUGGGACUCCUCCGGCGCUGAGCGGAAGCAGUGGCACCUCCACCAAGCUCACGGUGCAAGUAUGCCUCAGCUUCUGCCGCAAGCAGGGCUAUAAGUUUGCAGGGGUAGAAGCUGGCUACGCGUGUUUCUGUGGCCACGAGGGGGAUAUCCGCCGCAGCCAGCCAGUGAGCGCUGUGGAAUGUGACCAAGUCUGCUUUGGCAAGUCCAGCGAGCUGUGUGGGGGGGACGGGCGGAUCGGUAUAUAUAACGUAUCCAUGGGUGCCUGUCAGGGAAACUUCAGCGAUCUCUCUGGAGUGAUCUACUCGCCGCAGUUCCCAGAUGAUUAUGAGGCUGACACCAACUGCACCUGGGUCCUGCACCCCCCAGACUGCGAAUCCUUGGAACUGAUUUUCCGGAUCUUUGACAUGCAUGAUCCCAACGACCGCCUGGAGUUGCGGGAUGGACACAGCAACCUGUUGCUGGCCCAGUUUGAUGGGCGAUGGAGGCCGGGAGCUCCCUUGCUGCUUCCCACUGACUACCUGAUCCUUUCCUUCCAGUCGGACCAGCUCUUGCAAUCCCAGGGCUUUGCCAUCUUGUACAGGGGGGUGAAGGGUCCCUCAAUCAACGGAGCCCAACGGACGCUCCCAGGUGAUGGAUUCCGUCUUGUCCCGACUUCCUCUGAGUGGCUGAACUCUACCUGGACUUACAGUGCCAAUGAUUCUGCUAUAGGUGUAGGAGCUUGGGUCAUGUACACAGCCACGGGCACCUUCGUCUUAGCUGUCCUCAUCAUCUCAUAUCAUCUGCGCAAGAGGACUUGCCUUUUUGUGCAGAAGAAGACCGGCAGUUCUCUGAGCCCUUUCUCCUCCAAAGGCCCACGAAGUCGCUGCCAGUGCCUUGGGGGCGAGGCGUGGGCUGUGGCCUACCGACACACCCGUGUGGUGAUCUGUACCACACGUGGCACUCCACAUCACCGUCCCCUACGCAAUGGCGGUGGGGUUGGCGGGGACGACGAAGCCUCCUCUGACUGCUCCUGCCUGUGCCACAGUUAUGAGAACCUUUCUUCUACCAAUCAAUCUUCUCUCAAAUCUCUCAUCUCCACCAUCUGAAGCCAUGGGGCUCCUGUCGUUUUCUGUUUUCACCACUACAUUUGUCCAGGGACAGGUUCCCUUUCUGUUGACAGACUUUACAUAUUGACUGGGAAUCAAGUGAUCCGAAAUCUAUAGCCAUAUCCCGUCAGGGCGGGAGUUAUAACUUAUUGGGAGUUGAAGCCUGGCAUGUGUGGUUGAUGGCAGCUUUCCAGGAAACGGGAGACCCUUUGUGAGCAGACAAGCUAAGCAGUGUUUUCUGUGGUUGAGAGAGCCUUGAUAAGCUGCCACUGAAGCUAACCCUAUGGGGAGUACAAGGUGACGGGACCUUAUAGCCAUUUCUCUGGGGAAAGACGUAUACACCUCUUUUGAAACUAGUAGGCCCCUUAUUGGUGCUGGAAUUUUGUGAGCAUCUCCUGUUAGACAGAGAUGGUUGGGAGGGAUGCCCCCCCAAAUCUGUAGAAAUCUUCACUGCAACAAGAUUCGUGCCCCUGGGCAAUGUGGGGAAUUUCAGACCAUGAGAUGUGCAGGGAGUCAGAGCUCCUCCUAACACCCCAUUUUGCAAAGGCUUAAGCAGGGUGGAAUCCUGUGACUGCAUCCUUAACAGCAUUUUGAGGCUGGGAUAGGUAGUUCAUUGCAAAGAGGGUGGCUGGCUCUGCAGACGCUGAAUGGAAAAAAAGCAUCCUUGGUUAUGCGCUGAGCCAAUCACCAAUGUUGACAUGAGCCUAUUUGGGUGCAAACUGAGUCCAGAAUCCAUGGGACACACAGAAGAAGGGAUGUUCGUUUGGCUCCAGGGGAUGCAAUAGAAACAUCAGAGAAGAAGAGAGGAGAUGGAAACCAGCCCUUUGUCUCCUGUGCCCCACAGGCACAAAUGGACUUUGGAAUAUAAAGCUUUAAUUAAAUUAUUUUCA